CCCAAGAAAUUAUAGUGGCUGAGGUUACUCCUUAGUCCUGAAAUGUUGUUUCUGGUGUUUUAGGUCUCACCGAAACUCCCUUUCGCUUCUCUCUACUUGCUUCUAUUGCUUCCUUUACUUCUCUCUAUAAACUCCUCUUGAUUUUCCUUUUUCCUUGUGUCUUCGUUAUUCCAAUCCACCAUUGCUGGAACUAUUAGUUCUCAUCUGAGUCUCCGGUGAGUACAGUACGUGCAUGAUCGGAGACUCCAUCCUUGCUUCUACAGUUGUAAUCCACCAUGGCUUUACCGGAAGGAUUUGGCAUCUACGCGUUCGUUUUGUAGUAUUCACUUACCAGGAAUUUUGGAGUUCAAAAACAACGGCUUUAUUUGUAGUAUUCCAUAUUGCAAGAAAUGAAAGGAGGUUUCUGUUUUAUCCAUUGCUUGUUAGAGAGGAUUUGAAGCAGCGCUAGCUGCCGAGGUCCAGUAAUGGACACAUACUCCUCCGGAGAAGACUUGGUUGUCAAGACAAGAAAACCUUACACAAUUACCAAGCAACGUGAACGAUGGACAGAGGAGGAGCACAAUAGGUUCCUAGAGGCCUUGAAGCUCUAUGGUCGAGCGUGGCAGCGCAUAGAAGAACAUAUAGGAACAAAGACUGCUGUGCAGAUCAGGAGUCAUGCACAGAAGUUCUUUUCGAAGUUAGAGAAGGAGGCUGUUGCUAAAGGUGUUCCAAUAGGACAAGCUAUUGACAUAGACAUUCCACCUCCACGUCCUAAGAGAAAACCAAGCAAUCCUUAUCCUCGUAAGACAGGUGUGGGUCCUACACCAUUACAGCUGGCAGUGAAGGAUGGAAAGCUUUUAAAUUCAGUUAAACAAGCAUUGGACUUGGAGAAAGAACCACUUCCUGAGAAACCCAAUGGAGAUGAGAGGCAAACAAAUUCAAAAGAAAACCUGGAUGACAAUUGCUCAGAAGUCUUUAACAUUCUCCAAGCAGUUCACUGUCCCUCUGUGUCCUCAGUGAACAAGAGUUCUGUACCUGCAGUUGAGGCACUAAAAAACUCGUGCUCUUUUCGGGAGUUUGUACCUACGCUGAAGGAGGUAAAUCAAGAUGCAAAUAAUGGAUCUAAUGUCACUACUGAACUUCAAGGAAAUCAGAAGCUGGAUAAGCCUGAUGCCAAGCAGACAGUUCAGGAUAAUGGCACUAAUAAAGCUGCAACAUUGGAAUCCUGUCCUUUUAAUGAGAAAUUAUUUCAGGGAAAGAAAUCAAAUGAAUUUAACAACACCUUUCCAACAGAUGAGAUGGAAGCCAUGCAGAAUUAUCCAAGGCAUGUCCCUGUGCAUGUUCUAGAUGGGAGCUUGGGAACAUGCAUGCAAACUCCUCCAUCAGACGUGUCAUUCCAGGAACCAACCGGAGAAGUUCAUGGGCAUCCCAAUCUGUACUUACAUCCAGCUCCAUCUACUACUACUGAACAUCAAAGUAAUGUGCCAAUAUCUUCUACUCAUCAGUCAUUUCAGACAUAUCCUCCUCCCAUUACUCCAACUCACCAUAAUCAAGAUGACUAUAGAUCAUUUCUCCACAUAUCCUCCACAUUUUCAAGUCUUAUUGUAUCUACACUGCUACAAAAUCCAGCGGCCCAUGCUGCAGCAAGCUUUGCAGCUACCUUCUGGCCCUAUGCUAAUGUGGAAAGUUCUGCAGAUUCUCUACCUUGUGCUCAAGGUGGGUUUCCAUCAAGGCAAAUGAACUUUGCUCCCAGUAUGGCUGCUAUUGCUGCUGCUACUGUGGCAGCAGCAACUGCAUGGUGGGCAGCUCAUGGACUACUUCCUUUAUGCGCUCCUCUUCAUGCUUCCUUUACAUGCCCUCCUCCUGCAACUGCAGUUCCAUCAAUGGAUGCUGGCCAAGUUCCUGCAGGCAAGACAGAAAGAAAGGAAACUACUCUCGAAAAUCCACCUUUGCAAGAUCAGCAAUUGGAUCUUGAACACUCAGAAGCUUUGCAAUCUCAAAAUUCAGCCUCUAAAGAUAGUGGAUGCACGAAGCAAAAUAUUGUAUCAAAAGCUACUGACCGUGAAAUGGCUGCAACAGCACCUGAGAUCCAUGACUUAAGCAAACUGAAAAACAGAAAACAGGUUGACCGUUCUUCGUGUGGUUCGAACACAUCUUCUAGUGGUGAAGUAGAGACAGACGCAUUAGAGAAGCUUGAGAAAGACGAGGAAGAGUCAAACGAAGCUGAUACAAAUCAUCCAGCUACCAAGUCUAGUAGCCGUCGAAGUAGAAGUAGUAGCAACAUGAGUGAUUCAUGGAAGGAGGUUUCUGAAGAGGGACGAAUGGCUUUUCAAGCUCUCUUCUCCAUGGAGGUAUUGCCGCAAAGCUUCUUUCUACCGCAUGAUCUGAAGAUUGAGGCACACCAGAAGGAUAUUGUUGAAGAUAAGCAGAACACAGAUGAGAAAGAUGGAAAUGCAUUGCUGUUGAAUCUCAACAGCAAGACGUGGGAAUGUUGUAUUAGCCAACAUGAAGUGGAGAAAAAUGUAUUGCCUAGAUGUGAAUACAGUGGGGAGGAUGGGCUGCUGACAAUUGGGCUUGGACAUGGAAAGAUAAAGGCUCAUCGAACGGGAUUUAAACCCUACAAAAGAUGUUCAGCGGAGGCCAAGGAAAACAGGGCGGUGGCCAUCAGCAGCCAAGGUGAGGAGAAAAGCCCCAAAAGGAUACGCAUGGAAGGGCAAGCUUCAGUUUGAUAUCGCAUGCUUAAACAAAGAAACCUUUGUUUCUGCAUGUAAUUUAUUAUUUCCCCCUUUAUCUAUUUUCCUUUCCUGUUUAAAUUAGAUUAUCUGCUGAUCGCGAGACUUGUCGUGCAAGUGUGUGUAUCAUACGUCUACAUUUGCUUAUUUACUUUCUUGAACCAUGCAACUGCAGUUAAAAAACUCCAAUUUGAAUAGACCUAGAUAAGAAUCAUCAAGUAUUGAAUGGGCCCUGAUUAUAUGGCCCUUUUCAUCCAAA